UUGUGUUCUUGCUUUAGAGAUUGUUGCCAUCUUCAGGUGAGACUGAGGAUGGCUUAAAAUCGGGCGAAGAGCCUCUUUUAAGGAAAAACCCUCGCCGGUUUGUCAUCUUCCCCAUCCAGUAUCCAGACAUUUGGAAAAUGUACAAGCAGGCACAAGCUUCCUUCUGGACAGCGGAAGAGGUUGACUUAUCAAAGGAUCUCCCUCACUGGAACAAACUGAAACCUGAAGAAAAAUACUUUAUUUCACAUAUCCUGGCUUUUUUUGCAGCCAGCGAUGGAAUUGUGAACGAAAACCUGGUGGAACGUUUUAGUCAGGAAGUGCAGAUCCCAGAAGCUCGCUGUUUCUAUGGCUUCCAAAUACUAAUAGAAAAUGUUCACUCAGAGAUGUACAGUUUAUUAAUAGACACUUAUAUCAAGGAUCCCGAGAAAAGGGACUUCUUAUUUAACGCUAUUGAAACAAUGCCGUGCGUUAAGAGGAAAGCUGACUGGGCACUGAGGUGGAUAAGAGACAGGGAAGCCACUUUUGGCGAGAGAGUGGUUGCGUUUGCUGCCGUCGAAGGGAUCUUCUUCUCUGGUUCUUUUGCGGCUAUAUUUUGGCUCAAGAAAAGAGGACUGAUGCCGGGCCUCACUUUCUCCAAUGAACUCAUUAGCCGAGAUGAAGGACUCCAUUGCAACUUUGCUUGCCUAAUGUUUCAGUAUUUAGUGAACAAACCUUCAGAAGAAAGAGUCAGAGAGAUUGUUGUCAAUGCAGUUGAAAUUGAACAGGAGUUUUUAACAGAGGCCUUGCCAGUUGGCUUAAUUGGAAUGAAUUGCACUCUGAUGAAACAAUAUAUUGAGUUUGUAGCAGAUUGGUUAUUUCUGGAACUGGGCUUCUCCAAGGUCUUUCAAGCAGAAAACCCUUUUGACUUCAUGGAGAACAUCUCGCUGGAAGGAAAAACCAAUUUCUUUGAAAAGAGGGUUUCGGAGUAUCAGCGUUUCGCUGUUAUGGCUGACACCAACGAGAACGUUUUUACUCUGGAUGCUGACUUCUAGGAUUGCGUUCUUCAGAAGACGAGCGUUGCAAAAAAUGUCCACGUGCCACUUGAAAAGCUGCUAUUUCUUCUACUGGAAGUAGAGGGAACUGGGAACGUUUUUUUCAUGUUUCUGCACAUGAGGAAGUUUUUUAUAUGACAUAUUUAUUGCAGGUGGUGACGUAAAUGAUUGUGUGUGUGUCUGUGGGGGGGUCCUCUUUACCAAAAGUUCCUUUGAUAAUUCAUGCAAGUUUUCUACUUAACAGUUUUUGAGUAGUACAAUUGUGGCAUUUG